UAGGCAGAUGGACAGAGAAUAUUUGAUGCCAUUGAAGCUGCCGUCGGCAAGUAGCAUAAACAGUCAUGGAUCAAAAAAGGGGAGGUCAACAUUUUUCAAACGCUUGUGCCUAGUCUUUGCUGCAGUUCCAACGUUACUGGCCUUGUUGUACGUCCCGGUUUAUCACUCCGCCCAAGGGCCCUUCCAAAGCGUAUGUGAGAUUCCUAUCCCGAGCUCUACUGGGGGCUCGAAGUCCGUGACCUCCGUAGCUCAACUUUCGGGCUGGGCAGACAAUAUUACAAGAGACGUACGUAUCUACGUGCAGCCAGAAAAUAAUACGACAAUAAUUUCUCCUGUCGAAAUCUGCUCCACUCCCCCAAUUCUAAUCAUAGUUGUCUGCUCGUCAAUAUCGAAUCAGAAAGCACGGGACGCUAUAAGGGAUACUUGGGCAAACAAAACUAAUUUAGAGAAUUAUAACGCAACGGUAGAAGUAGCAUUUCUUGUGGGAGAAAGCAGCAACGACACUUUAAACGAGAAUAUAGAAAAUGAAAGCUUGCAAUACAAAGAUAUAAUCCAGGAAAAAUUCCUCGACACUUACAAUAAUUUAACAAUAAAAUCGAUCAUGAUGUUGAAGUGGGUUACGUCGAAUUGUGGACAGGCACAAUAUCUCAUGAAAACUGACGACGACAUGUUUGUCAACGUACCGGUAUUAAUAAAACUCUUGCAAGCGAGACCUAAGGCCAACGGAGCUCUGAUAGGAUCUCUGAUUUGCCAUGCCAAGCCUAUUACUGAUCCGAAGAACAAGUGGUUCAUGCCAAAAUAUAUGUAUGCCGAAAGAACAUAUCCAAACUAUCUUUCUGGUACUGGAUACGUAAUGAGCUUGGAUGUGGCUUCCAAGCUGUAUGCGACUGCAUUGGAUACACAAUUGAUAUAUUUGGAGGACGUUUACCUGACUGGAAUUUGCGCGAAACGCGCCAAGUUACAGCCAACUAAUCAUCCGGGGUUCAGCUUUGUCGCCAGGAAGCUAAAUCCUUGUGUGUUUCGCGAUGUCAUUACCGCGCACAGGGUUUCGGCAUCAAAUUUGUACGCUAUGUGGAAACGUGUAAAUAACUCGACUUUGAAAUGCGUAGCCCCAACAGCCUCAUCAGCCUCUGUCAAAAAGCAACCUCGUUUGAGUAAAAAAGAAACAAUUGCUAGGUAUAAUCUCAAUCACGGCAGAUCAGUGGCCCAGAAGAAAGGAUAAGUCCAUGGGAAACGGCGAAGUUUGGCAGAUUGUAGGAUUUUCAUGCAGGCCAGCCGCCUCAAGCUUUAGUUUGUUAAGUUACUGAUAAGUGGUAUCAAGCUAUCAUAACAACAUUAUAAUUUCAGUUCGACACUCGACGCCACAAUCUGCCAUAUCAUGCUACGUCCUAAGUAAUUUGGCUUCCAUGCCUUGUAGAAAAAAUAUUAUCACGAUACGAUCUUGCCACUCAAUAGAGUUUUGAUUGAUU